UCUAUGUCCUAAAGAGCAAUCUAAUGGUGGGGUUUGUAGCAUAGCCCCGGCAUUGUCACCAUUACCAGAACCAAGAUUAAGACAAACACCACUACAAGCACUAUCACCACAUUCAGAACCAGAUCAGUCUAAUUAUCAUAAGAGUAUGUAUUCUUCUUUCUUCCUUUUCCUAAUAUUGGUUAGGUUCUUCUGCUGAAUAAUCGUAUUUCUUUGGAUUAUAUGGCUUUAGAUUUUCUUUGAUGAUCCAAAUACCUUAGAUCAACUCUGGCAGGUUAGGUAGAGGUCCUUUUUGUAGACAUGAAAUAGUUUGGUUUGCGUGGUCAAAUUAAAAUGCUCUUUGGCUUAGAAUGAUUCCUUUUGAUCUUUUACUUUGUUCUGAUCUGAAUUUUUAUAAUAAAAGAUGAGAUUGAACUAUUUAAGAAUUGGCAAUAAGAUAGCAUGUUUGAAUUUUCUAAAGUCAUAUAUCGGUUUGGUGUGUUAGGCUCAUUUGGCUUACAUUGACUUUUGAAAAUUAACAAGUUGUAAUAAUUAGCAUAAACAUUCAAAGAAAUGUGCAGAGGAAGAUCUUCUUCAAACUUCGUUUUUGUUUGAUAUGCGUUCCCAUUAGAAAGAACCGAACCAAAUCCCUUCCAUCAGUAGUGUAAGAGAAUUAGAACCAUUCAUCAAUAUUAACCUGAUAACUUGUACUUUUAGGAGUCUUGGUUAACAAGAAUGCAAGUGAUUGAAUGAUUCAAUUCAAUGAUCUCUGGAAUCAGAGUAAGGUACAUAUAUACACUGCCAAACAGAAAUGAAGAUCUAACUAACUUCUAUCUAAGUCUAACCAAUAACUAAGUUAGUGAAGCUAACUAAAAACUAAUCAGUUAGCAACUGGUUUACAAUUAACCAUGUGACUAAAUUGAUCUAUAUUAGUUAGUUGUAAUAGUCCCCCUCAAAUUGGAAGAUAGAUAUAAAAAAUUCCCAACUUGAACAUGUGAGGCUUGGAAGGUGAAGCACUUUUAGGGGUUUAGUAAGGCAAUUAGCCAACUGAUGAAUGGAAGGAACAUGAAUCAACUUGAGAAAACCAGAAUUUACAUCUUCCCUGAUGAAAUGUACAACAAUAUCCACAUGUUUGGUUCUGAAAACUUCAAAGUUGUGAGUUUUACUGUAUUCUGAAUUGUACUCUGGAAUGAUGAAUUUGGCUACUCCUCAGUCAACUCAAUAAACUUCCUCCAUAAUGACUGUUGUGAUCCCUGCUAGUCAUUUUUUCAGAAAUUUAGCCUUACAAUGAUUAGCUUAGUACAUUUUAAUUUGGCAACCUGAUUCAUGAAAAAGGUUAAAAUCUUACUCUCACUAGGUAUAUGUUAAUCUUAAUUCUUAUGUCAAUCUAUAUAAUAGUCAAACUUGAGUAAAUUUUAUAUGCCAGACGGCGACUGUUCUAUUGACUUCAGCUGAUUGAAAUUAGUACUGGUUUAUGUUAAUCAAUUCAUUUCUAAACUAUUAUUGCGUAGCUUGUCAAUGCUGAUGGAGUAACUAGGAAAAAAAAUAUGCAUCGGUCAUUGCUGUGUAAGCUGUAUGAGUUUAGUCAUACUAGAGAUUUAGAAUGAAGAUUACAGUCUCCUUGGCAGUCAUUGUCAACCUACCAACAUCUUAUUUAGAUAAGCAAGAAUAUAUAAAUGUUACCUGCAAUUGUGAAACUCAUCUAGUUAGAGAUGAAGGGUAGGUUAGGUUGAAACUUCAAAUAGUGCAGUGCAGGACAGGAAAUUAAAAAAUGAAACAAGUCAUUGCUGCAUAGGCUUUGUUACUUUUCUCGUACUAAAGUUUUGAAUGAAGUUCACAUGUGGCUGUUUACUUUAAAGUCUAGCAAAUUUUUGAAAAAAGGAAAAACAUAAUAUAGACCCUUAAAUACUGUUUCAAAAGUAUAGACAAUAUAAGUGAAUUACAUGUGUAUAAGUAGAGUUUUCCCCCAUCAGGUACUAACUAAGGUUUGAACUCAAUAAAUAAAACAAGAACACAGCUAAUCAUCAUUAGUGUAAUCUCCUUGGAAGAAAAAGAAAGUUAUAUACAAUUUUAUACACAGAAAACAAAUUGUUGGUUCUAGUGGUAUGUGCUUGAUUUCCCAUACACAUAGUAACAGACAGAAGAUGUCUCGGUGAAAAAAAAAACAGACCUUUAUUAAGAGAGCUAAUCUCGCCAAUAUAUGGAUGUUUUCGAGUGGAGCAGAAUUGUCUGAUGUAGAUGAUAUGUGUCUAAAACCAAUAAUUAAUUAUUAUAAUAGAAACUAUUUAAAACUCAUUGACCAAAUGAAUUGUAUCAUCAUAUGGUCUGCGGAUUGCAUAGAGAAAAAGAGAAAAAGGAAAGAGAGUGGUAAUUUCGCGGGUGACUCUUCCAUUGACUGACCAUGUAUAUGGUGGUGAGAAUCGCAGCCAUCAUUGUCUUGAGAAUAUCAACAGUUUUCCAAAACUCAAUUUAAGUUUCAUAGGAUCACUUACUCCUCCUUCUCAUUUUGAAGAGUAGAAUACACAGAAAAAAGAAGACACAGCUAGCAUGUGUGUAAGAAUGGAUGAACAUAUCCAUAUUCAUGUCCGUUUUUCCAUGUUGUUUCCAUCCAUAUUCACAAGCAUAACACUCUGUUUGUUCUUGUUAACCUGCACUUUGCCACAAUCUCAUUCUCAACAACCACUGUCACCACCGCUUCCUGAUUACUACAUUUGUAAGGACUCCUCAUACAACUGUGGUAACCUGACCGGUAUCUCUUAUCCUUUCUGGGGACAGAACCGACCUUCUAAUUGUGGCGGCGGCGACAUGUUCAACCUCACUUGCCAUCCUAACCUUGCCACUACUGUUCUAAUUGCCUCACAAAAUUUCACAGUGCUUGAUAUCAACCCCUACACUCUCACCAUGACAAUGAAGCGAACAGAUUUCAAUGUCUGUUCUCCCAAGCAGUUUGACGAUACUUUCUUGAUUGGCGAAGUGUUCCAGUAUGCCACGAGCGUGUCCAAGAUCACCAUAUUCUACAAUUGUUCCAAUUCUGGAAAAAACUUCAGUGGGUGCGGACAACAAAAAUAUGCUUUCGGUCAUGUGGAUAUGGACCUGAAUGAGGAGGAGUUGAAAAGAAUUUCAAAGGAUAAUCAAUGCACCGGACAUAUCAAAGUUCCAGUAGGCUUUUCUCUGGAGCCUUAUUAUGAAAAAGGUGUGAUUGACCGUGAUGAUUUGGAGCAAGGUUUGGAUAAGGGGUUUGAGGUGAAAUAUUAUGUUAAUCCGGACUGUAUGAGUUGCCUGGGAAGGGAGGAGAUAAAUUGCCCCUGGAGAGGUGAUGAUUUUGAUAAACAAGUGGCUUCUUCAUGCCACUAUUGCUCAAGUAGAACUAAUGCUGCCUCACACUGCCCUGUUCCCAUUUUCAUUCCCACUCCCACACCCACUCCCACUCCCACUACUGCUUCUCCCAAAAGAAAAGUGAACUGGUCGAUAAAACUCAUUAUAGGUGCAACGACAGCAGGAUUGUCAAUAUGUUUCACUAUAUUUUACUUCAUAUGCAAGUCAUCAUCAUGGCAUGGAAAGUUCUGUUUGAAAUCAAAAAGUAACCUAGAUAUUGAAGCAUUCUUAAAAAACCAGGGAGCCCUUACUACAGAAAGGUACAAAUUCUCAUAUGUCAAAAAAAUUACCGACUCCUUUAAAGUUAAACUAGGACAAGGUGGUUUUGGUGCUGUCUAUAAAGGAAAGCUACCCACUGGUAGUCUUGUGGCUGUUAAGAUAUUGAAUUCAUCAAAAGGAAAUGGUCAAGAUUUUGUUAAUGAGGUUGCUAGCAUAAGUAGGACAUCUCAUGUCAAUAUUGUCAAUCUUCUUGGAUUUUGUUUGGAAGGCCAAAAGAAAGCUCUAAUAUAUGAGUUUAUGCCCAACGGAUCCCUUGACAAAUUUAUUUACCAAAAAGGACCUGAAAACAUUGCUUCUUUGAGCUGGCAGAAUCUGUACCAAAUUGCCAUAGGGAUAGCGCGAGGAUUGGAGUACUUGCAUAAAGGUUGCAACACUCGAAUUUUACAUUUUGACAUAAAACCACAUAAUAUUCUUUUAGAUGAGAAUUUUUGUCCUAAAAUAUCAGAUUUUGGGCUGGCAAAGCUUUGUCCUAGAAAAGAGAGUAUUAUUUCCAUGUCAGAUGCAAGAGGAACAAUGGGGUAUGUAGCUCCAGAAUUGUGGAAUAGACAUUUCGGAGGAGUUUCACACAAGGCUGAUGUCUACAGCUAUGGAAUGAUGCUACUGGAAAUGGUGGGAGGAAGGAAGAACAUUAAUGCUGAAGCCAGUCACACAAGUGAGAUAUACUUCCCACAUUGGGUGUACAAUAGGCUUGAGCUUGGUAGUGAUUUGGGACUUAAUGGGGUAAUGGCCCAAGAAGAUAAUGAAAUCGCAGGUAAAAUGACUUUAGUGGGGUUAUGGUGCAUUCAAACGAUUCCAAAUGAUAGACCUGCAAUGAGUAAAGUGAUAGAUAUGUUGGAACGUAACAUAGACUCCCUUGAAAUUCCCCCAAAACCCAUUCUUUCUUCUCCCACUAGAUCAAUGCCGAAAUCUUCCACUAUUAGUUGUGAAUUCCCUUGAAGCAUUAAUAAAUCUUGCAUGUCAUUUUGUAUUAAGGAUCAAUAUAGUGAUUUUGUACUUUUAAACAUCCUAAAAAGAGGAUGUCUCAUAUGUAAUUUUCAAUGAAUUUCAGCAGUUGUAUGAUUUAA